AGGAGUUUUUGGAAGCGGAGGGAGUAAUGUCACGAAAUGGCUUUUGCUGCCUUUGGCGUUUUGUUAGCUUGCAAGCUAACUGUAGUUUGGUUAACGUUAGCUACAGAACCCACUGACAGACCGCGCCUGUUUUAUGCUAGCAUUAACAGUAACUCUGUUAAGCCUACAGGUGUCAGUUCUGACUACGUAAAGUCGGCGGUGCGCCAAAAAAUGCGGGGCAUCAGCGUCAGAGCGGUGUUGUCUGUGUAGUAUUGAUGCUAAAUGUCAGCGGUUGGCUAACGUUAGCGGUAGCUGACGUCGUUGGCGUUAAGACAGCCCGUCUGAUGUUACAUAACGACAGACAGCGGUGCUGUUUGCUGUCAGAUCUCAUUCAGCAACAACUGAGCAAACAUAUAUAAACACAAAGCCUAUCCUCUAAGCAGCAGCUGACUUCGGAUAACCCGAAAGCUUCAAAUUUUUGCUAACUUCUGGUGUUUACCACCCACUCCGCUGAACGGUCCGGCUUACGCGCAUUUUUGUUUUGAUAACUUUUCUUUCAUUUAUACCGGAGUCAAGUGGCCGUGACAGCUAAACAAAAAAAAAGAAAAGGCAAAGAUUUUUCUAUGUGACGUUGGUGCAUGAUGAAGCUGAGAGUGCGUAAAGCUCCUCAGCAGCCGAACGUAGGCCAUCGAACCCACCCGUCCCAGGCCAAAAGGAAACACUGUGAAGUGGAGCCAUCGCCAGUGAGAGGUCGAGGCAAAAUGCAGAAGAAUGAGACAGGCCUGUUCUCCACUAUCAAGAAAUUCAUCCGUGGAAAUGCAGUCAAGGUGGAGCAGGAUAUUCCUGCCAAGCGGAGUCGUAUUGAUUGUAAUCCCGACGGUGAUCUCAUUACUUCAACACCACAGACUAGAGGUCUCUCUAACAAAUCCGUAUCCAGAGUUUGCCGGAAAAGUCCAAAUAAAGACACCAUGACCUGCCAUAGUAAACCAAUUAAACCAAACGGUAAACUGGAGGCCCCCGUCGACUCAACGAGCAGCCCACCACGCACCACCCUGCUUGGAACCAUCUUCUCCCCAGUCUUCAACUUUUUCUCACCAGCAACUAAAACUGCCACUCCUGGCUCCGAUUCUCCCGGCCAAGCCAUGGAGGCAGAGGAAAUCAUGAAACAGCUGGACAUCGAGCAGGCUGAAGAGAUGCCGAGCAGCACUCUCACAUCCACCGAGGGCAUCACUCCAUGUCACACCGCUCCGAUGUUACCACAGAGGCUCCACAUUACCUCCGAUACAACCAUAGAAGAAGGAGAGAUCGUCACUGAAACUGACAUGCCCCCGUUAACAGCUCCCGGGUGUAUGCCAGAUGGCAGCUACCCACACUCAUUACCUUCAGUUCCAGCAGAACCCUCAUAUGAUGAGGACUGGGAAGUUUUCGACCCGUACUUCUUCAUCAAGCACGUGCCUCCGCUGACAGAAGAGCAGUUAACACGCAAACCGGCGCUGCCUUUAAAAACACGCAGCACACCGGAGUUUUCUCUUGUCCUUGAUCUGGAUGAAACUCUGGUUCAUUGUAGUUUGAAUGAGCUCGAAGAUGCAGCUCUGACAUUCCCUGUGCUUUUUCAAGAUGUAAUAUACCAGGUGUAUGUUCGGUUGAGGCCCUUUUUCAGAGAGUUUCUCGAGCGCAUGUCUCAGUUGUACGAGAUUAUUCUCUUCACUGCUUCAAAGAAGGUCUACGCCGACAAGUUGCUCAACAUCCUGGAUCCGAAAAAACAGUUAGUAAGACAUAGACUAUUUCGUGAGCACUGUGUGUGCGUUCAAGGAAAUUACAUUAAAGACCUAAACAUUCUCGGGCGGGAUCUUUCCAAGACUGUAAUAAUCGACAACUCACCCCAAGCCUUUGCUUAUCAGCUUUCCAAUGGAAUCCCCAUUGAGAGCUGGUUUGUGGAUAGAAAUGACAAUGAGCUUCUAAAGCUUAUUCCCUUCCUUGAGAAACUUGUGGAGCUGAAUGAAGACGUCAGACCGCACAUCCGAGAGCGGUUUCGUUUGCACGACCUCCUCCCUCCAGACUGAGGUGCUAAUGUUCAUUUACAAGAUCGCAGCGGAAGAAGGAAAAAAACAAACGGACUCAUAGAAGGAUGUAUUCAGUGGAGUUCUGUUUGCAUACACAACAUUGCCAUUAUUAUAAUUUUUUUUUAAAGUCAUGCAAAAAAAAGAAAAAAUGAAAAUUAUGUUUGAGUCCACAAAAAAAAAAAAAGUCCUGGAUGUUUUUCUACACACACAUGCGCACACACACAGUGAAGGCAGACUCAGAGCAGAGGUUUCUUAGCUCACUUGUUUUCAGUGCGACCUUGCAGACGGCCUCCUGGAAGGUAUUUUGUCAUUUGACAAAACUGAAUGUCACACAGUGUUGGAUUAUAUGGACCUUGUUGGUUUCCUCCUGACCUCCAGUGGCCAGUCAAACCUGUAAAAUAUUCACUCUAUUUGCCUGUAAAUAUAUGUACAUAAUUGUUUUUUUUGUUUGUUUGUUUUUGAGGUUUUUAAGUCAUUUUAGUUUCACUUCAGAUUUUAGUAUGUACUCUGACUCGGUUGCUUUUUUCUUUUUCUUUUUUAACUGAUAAAAUGUUGUUUUGUUUGAACUUGUUGAUAAGCAGCUGCUUUUCUGUUGUAUGCCUGCAUAAUUUCUGUGAUGCUUUACUCCAUUACAUGCAGUCGUCUCUUAUAAGGUGCAGUUUAAAAAAAAAAAAAAAAAAAAAAGAAGAAGAAGAAUAAAAGAAAUGAGUAUCUUUGGGAGGAAGAUGUUUCUGAAAUAAUAUUUUAAAGCUAUGAAAUGUAAGAUAGACUAGGGUCUCAAAUGAAUACAAACCCAUAAUGGCAGAAUCUUAAUUUUGGAGAUUUGUAUUUAAGAGUCCGCUUCUGGUUGCGACAUUUUGAUCGUCCUCUUUGACAGGAGGGGUGGGUGGGUGGGUGGGGUUCAGGCAUCUUGCACUUUGACAUCCAGCCCUUUGUAAGUUGAUGUAAACUCUUGUCACUUUUCUACACAGGUGUGUAUCGCCUAAAUUUGUUAUGUGGGGGAAAAAUGAAAUUGUAGCACCAGCAAAUUGCCAACAUGUUUGCUUUGAAUCUUCUUUUCCAAGACGUCUUGUAUGUGGGAUCUUUGAUGUAGGAGUCACGAGUUUUAUUGACUUAUUGAAUGAUCACUCCUGGUGUAUUCAGUGUUACUCAAUGGUUUCCUUGAAAAUAAAUACAUUUUUAUACGACACAA